UUUUUUCACUGUAAAUUGCUCUGACCAAUGCGCAUGGAGUCGGUUUCUGUGUGCUUAUAAUGCUCUCUCAUUGCUCCGUAUAUGGCGAAGAAGAAAAAGUGGAAUAGUUUUCACUUUUAAUCAUAUUUUAAAGGGAGAGAGGAUGAAUCAGGAGCAAGAUGUCAUUCUUGAAUGGCACCCUAAACGUGUCCUGAUUGUGUUACGUUUUGUAUACACCUCCAUGGCCGAUUUCCCAUUGCUUGAAUGGGUCGAGAAUCGCCGGGAGACAACAUGGGCUGCUUUCUAUGCGGAGGCGAAGACUGUUGGGUUCUUAGCGGUUCCAUUGGUUGCCAUUAAUCUUUCUCAGUUCUUGAUACAGACUGGUUCUUUGAUGGUUGUGGGUCAUCUCGAUCAACUCGCUCUCUCCAGCACUGCCAUAGCCGUUUCUUUAGCUGCUGUUUCAGGGUUCAGUGUGCUUAUAGGCAUGGCUAGUGCUCUUGAAACUCUAUGUGGGCAAGCUUAUGGGGCAGGACAAUAUCAAAAAUUUGGAAAUCAUGUUUACACUUCUAUAUUGUGUCUGCUAUUUGUUUGCCUCCCUAUAACUCUGUUAUGGAUCAACAUUGGGAAGCUACUUGUUUUGGUUGGGCAGGAUCCUUUGAUAUCACGUGAAGUUGGGAAGUUCAUGAUUUGGCUUAUUCCUGGGCUCAUUGCUUUUGCAUUUCUGCACCCACUUAUGAGAUAUUAUCAGAUGCAAGUUUUUGUGCUUCCCAUGCUCAUGUUUAGUUGGAUCACCUUUUGUUUGCACAUACCCCUCUGUUGGGUUUUGGUGUUUAAAACUGGACUCAAAAACCUUGGUGGAGCUUUAGCCAUAAGUAUUUCAUAUUGGUUGAAUGUGAUUCUUCUUGCUUUAUAUAUGAAAUUUUCCCCCAAGUGUGAAAAAACUCGUGGUGUUAUUUCUAUGGAGCUGUUCAAAGGAAUUGGACUCUUCCUUCACUUUGCUAUCCCUUCUGCAGUCAUGACUUGCCUUAGUUGGUGGUCAUUUGAGCUGAUUAUUUUGUUGUCUGGGCUUCUGCCAAAUCCAGAGCUAGAGUCUUCAGUUCUAUCUGUUUGCUUCAAUACAUUGACAACAAUAUUUACAGUACCAUAUGGAAUUGGCAGUGCAGGCAGUACCAGAGUUUCAAAUGAACUAGGAGCUGGGAGGCCGCAAGCUGCUCGUGUAGCUGCCUGGGCUGCAAUAUUUCUUGCAGUUGUGGCAAUCAUCAUAGUGAGCGUGGUCCUGUUUGCUCUUCGUCAUGUUUUCGGUUAUGCUUUCAGCAACGAAAAAGAAGUCGUGGAUUAUGUUGCUGUCAUGGCUCCCCUAGUUUGUAUAUCAAUUGUUUUGGAUGCCAUUCAAGGGGUCCUCUCUGGCAUUAUAAGAGGAUGUGGUUGGCAGCGUGUUGGGGCUUAUAUAAACUUAGGGGCUUUUUAUCUCUGUGGAAAUCCAGCUGCUUUAGCUCUUGGUUUCUUGGCAAAUCUGAGAGGGAGGGGCCUGUGGAUUGGCAUCCAAAGCGGGGCUUUCGUGCAGAUGCUUCUACUCGCAAUCGUCCUGAGCCGUGUAAAUUGGGAAAAACAGGCAGAUGAAGCUAGGGAAAGGAUCUUUGAAGGAAAAGGGUUGGUGAAUAAUGAGGAGCAAGGUGGUUGAUCGGUGAUUCUGUCUUCUGAGCUAACUUGUGAUCAGCAGUUAAGGUUGAGAUAUUUGAAGAGAAACUUGUUGCACUUCGGGUACUUUUGUUUUACCUCGAGUUAUUAUGUCGUGCUGUUUUGUUUAACCUAGAGUUUUGAAGCCUCAAAUUAUUGUUUCGUGCUAUUUUGUUUAACCUAACCUAGAGUUCUAAAGCUUCAAAUUAUUGUGUCGUGUUGUUUUGUUUAACUUGGAGUUAUGAAGCCUCGAGUCAUUGUGUCGUGCUGUUCUGUUUAACUUGGAGUUCUGAAGCCUCAAGUUAUUGUGUCGUGCUGUUCUGUUUAACCUGGAGUUUUGAAGCCUUGAGUUAUUGUGUCGUGCUGUUCUGUUUAACCUAGAGUUAUGAAGCCUUGAGUUAUUGUGUCGUGCUGUUCUGUUUAACCUGGAGUUCUGAAGCCUUGAGUUAUUGUGUCGUGCUGUUCUGUUUAACCUGGAGUUCUGAAGUCUCGAGUUCUUAUGUUGGGCUGUUUUGCUUAACCUGAAGUUUUGAAGCCUCGAGUUAUUAUGUCAUGUUGUUUUGUUUAACUUGGAGUUCUGAAGCCUCGAGUUAUUCUGUCGUGUUGUCUUGUUUAACUUGGAGUUCUGAAGCCUGUUACUAUAUUAUGUUGUUUUGUUUAAUCUGGAGUUUUGAAGUUUCGAGUUAUUAUGUCGUGUUGUUUUGUAUAACCUGGAGGUUUGAAGCCUCGAGUUAUUAUGUCGUGUUGUUUUGUAUAAUCUGGAGUUCUGAAGCCUCGAGUUAUUA